GCGGGGACUAAAGUCCCGCUGGCCAGGCAGAAAGCUCGAAGCUGCGGCGGGGCGCAGGCUCCAGCAGCCCCAUGGCCCCACUGCUGUUGGCGCUGGCGGCUGCCUCCCUGGCUUGGUCCUGCGCGGCCGCCCCGUCGGGGAGCCGCUUCUCCGAAGCCCGCGUGGCCCGCUGGGCAGCUGCGGCGUUGCGGCACGUGGCGGUGGCGCCGUGUCCGGAGCGCGGCGGGCUCUUGCCGCUGCCGCAGUGCCAGCGGCUGGCGCGGCUCUCGCAAGGGCCGGGGCCCGCCGUCUACGUCUCGGAGCCCACGCAGCCGGGCCACAAGGUGCGAGCCCUCUUGCCCGACGGCUGGGGAGACAGGCCCGGCGGAGCGCUGGUGGUGCCCAGCCUCAACCAGAGCGCGGCUUCCCAGCGCCCUGCCGGCGCCGCUCUUCCGGCGCACGAUGCAGUCCUAGUGCUGGACCCCAGCCCCGGCGCCAGCUUCGGCCAUCCGCUCCUCCUCUUCUAUAUUGACUUCAACGUGAGCCCACGCCGAUGCCGGAGCCGUGACCGCUUCUACCUGGGGAGUUAUGAGUGCUUGACGCCUGCCCAGAGGAGUCGCUGUGAGAACCAGCUGAAGCGCAGGCCAGGACGGAGCAAAGGACGGAGCCAGCGGUCAGCAGAUCGUGUUCGUCGUGAGGAUCCACCUGUUGGGCUCUGUGAGAUCCAUUUCCUGCCUUUGGUGGUUGUGGCACAGGACCCUAAACAUCCACAAAAGCUACACUGCAUGGACCUCCGUGGAUUCAGCCCAUGCCCUCAGCCUCUGCCCCUCAUCAGCUCCAGUUCCACAGUCGCCUAUUGCGAGCUCAACAAGAAUACCCGGCGGUGCCAUCGGCAGCAGCUUCCAAUGUAUAAGUCGUGCCGCUUGUAUCAGACAUGCGAUCAUGCCGUGCUGAUAACAGGUGGUUGGCAGGAGCAGGUCACCUACCCACAUCAUGCUCACAACCUGUUGCUCUUCUACCAGAUGCUUCGAAGGAACGGCUUCCGCCAAGAGCACAUCAAGGCCUUCUUUGCAAGUGAGGGGCAGACAUCAGCAGCCAUGGAGAUGGGUGAUGUGCACCCAGCCACAGAGAAGCUGGCAAUUCGCUCGCACCUAGCCUUGGUCUGCCGGAGCCUGCACUGUGCCGACUCACUGGUGCUCUACCUCAACAGCCCAGCAGCCAGCGAUGGCACCAUACUGCUGUGGGAUGCCAACCAUAAUGGCAUUGCUGAUCCUAAGGAGCGGUAUCCCAUCUCUGAGCUCCUAGCUGAUUUGGAAAGCUGCAGUGCACGCAGGGUCCUCCUCUUUCUUGACCAGAGCUAUCCAGAACCAUUGGCAAAGAAGCUGCGGGCAUCACGGCAUCAUCCCAAUGUGGUGCUUGUGCGUGGCAUUGCCACCAGUGGUGGAUCAGCUUUUGCUGAGUUCUGGGCAGGGCUGCAGCCUGACCAGUGUCUUCUCCAGCAUAUCUUGCCAGUGGGCCCUUGGUCGGCAGUCUUGGCCUCUGGCACCUCAGCCCAGCUGCUCAACGUCACAUUAGCGGGAGCACCUUGCCAUUCUGUACCGCCUCUGGGUGAGGAGGAGCGUCAGCGUCGCUAUCAAGGCUGUCAAAAUUUGCCCACCAUGUUGUGGUAUCAGAGCAGGCAUCAACAGCUGCGGGAGGAGGACGACUGAGGCGGAUGGGCACUGCCAUGAGUCUCUCCACUUGUUCUCUACCUAUGGACCCUUUCCCCUCUUCCCCCCCCCAAAGAGGUUCAUGGCUUCAAGGGAAAUGGGUGGAGUUAUCUGCUAUAGCAGCUCAUUGAAAAGCCUGAUGUGGUAGGUUAAGGCAGCCUCAGUGAACUGCUGAACUGCAGUGGACUUUCAAAAUGCCAGAGCCAAAGGAGAAGCCGGGUGUAGCAAGCCUGCUCUUGCAUCCUGUUGAAAUAUAUAACAUUAGACAGAUCAGUGGUCAGCAAUUGGAAUACAGCCGUGAUAUGUAGGACAGAAAAACAAUAGAAUUUGCAACCAAUGCUAGGCGAGUAGGGCAGGGCACCAUAGAAGCGUGGGAGGGCCAAAUGGAGCUGCUGCUGCCCUGCAUAUGACAAUUUCUCUGCAAGUGUGGUGUUGUGCUUCACUCUUUUUUUCUAUGUCUCUACCCAAAGUGCUCUCUGGUGAGAAAGAUAGGGAGAAACACUCUGUUAAGACAACCAGCCCCUUGAAUAAAGGACCACUGUUACUGGUUUCUGCA